AAAAAUUCAUCUCUCAUUCACCAAGAGAAACAGUAAAAAUUCAUCUCUGUCCCCACACCACGAAACACAGUAAACAUUCCUCAUCUCUCUCUCUCCCAUUCACUAAGAAAAUAGCAAAAACCCCUCUCUCUCUCUGAUUCAUCAAGAAAACAGUAAAAACUCACCUCUUUCUCUCUCUCUCUCCCUCUCUCUAACUCUCGUGUCAAAGUGCAGUAUUGCAGUUCAGUUCAAAAACAGAGUAAAGAACUCAUUAAUCGUACACCAAACCCCCUUCUCCGAGUCUGCUUCAGGUCUUACCUUGGUUCAGGUCUUACUUUGGUUCAGAUCUGUGGCGCUUCAGUUGUUAAUGGAGCAGAAUUCAUGAGCUGCUGCUGGAAAAGCUUGGCGUUCGGCAAUUUGAGUCCAGUUCAUGGCUAAGCCACGGCCAACUUUUCUUGAUCACGACACAUCUCCUAACUCCUUGGAUAGUAUAUUCAGAUGGUCAGAAUACUUGAAUCCUGAAACGGUCUCUCCAUCAUCCAGCUGGAAUCAUGCUGCUUCAACGACGCCACCAAGUUCAGGAACUUUCCAUAAGGCUCGGCAUAUGGAAUCUGUGUUCCGGCUUUCCGAGGUUGCCGAAGGACUUCUGACUAAAAUGUACAGAUUGAACCAGAAGUUGGACUACCCAGAUCCAGUUUCAUAUGUAAUUUCAGAUUCAUUUUGGAAAGGCGGAAUGAUACCCAACCAUCCAAGAAUUUGUCUACAUAUUGCUAAGAAAUUCCCUGAGCAUACUAGUAAAUUGCAACUGGAAAGGGUCGAUAAGAUUGGAAUGGACGCACUGCAUGAGAAUGUGGAAAGCUAUAUGGAAAGCUUGGAACCGCUGGUUACACUGCUUCUUGACCUAAUGGUGUUUCGUGAACAAGCAUUGAGACUGAUUUUGGAUCUUAGCAGUACAGUCAUCACCUUAUUGCCCCAUCAAAAUUCCUUAAUCCUACAUGCAUUUAUGGAGCUCUUCUGCUCAUUUGUUCGUGUGAACCUGUUCUCAGAAAAGAUGCCGCGGAAAAUGAUCCUGCAAACCUAUAAUCUUUUGCAUUCUAUGCUUAAAAGUGGUCGAGACUACGAGUAUUACCAUCGGUUGGUGCAAUUCAUUGAUUCAUAUGAUCCACCAUUAAAAGGAUUGCAUGAAGAUCUUAAUUUUGUCAGUCCUAGAAUUGGAGAGGUUUUGGAGGCUGUGGGCCCUAUUGUUUUCUUGUCUACUGAUACUAAGAAAUUGAGAAAUGAGGGGUUCUUAAGUCCCUUUCAUCCUCGAUACCCUGAUAUACUUACAAAUUCUGCGCACCCCAUGAGGGCCCAAGACUUGGCUAAUGUUUCAACAUAUCGAGAUUGGGUGCUUAUUGGUUAUCUUGUUUGUCCUAGUGAGCUGCUUCGAAUAACUGGGAUUGACAUUGCGAUGGUUGUUCUAAAGGAGAACUUAAUACUGACUUUGUUUAAAGAUGAGGUGAUGCAGAUAUUACAUGUCCAGUUGUGCCCUCUUCAUGUUGCAUUUGUGUUUAUUGAACAUGAUUUCAGUUAUUUGCAGUAUAUUCUGUUACAUGAAGAUUAUCAGUCAUACGUUUUGCCAUGGAUAAUGGAAUCGAAAAAGAUGGCAAAAUCUGGUCGAACUAAACAGAAAGAAGCUGAUCUAGAGUAUAAUAUUGCAAAGCAGGUUGAGAAAAUGAUUUGUGAUGUGCAAGACCAAGCUUUAGUGUCUUGCGAUGCCAUACAUCAUGAAAGGAGAGUUUUACUGAAACAAGAGAUUGGGAGAAUGGUAUUGUUUUUUACUGACCUGCCCAGUCUGCUUGCUCCUAAUAUCCAGAUGGUAUUUUCUGCAAUGGCUUUUGCCCAAUAUGAGGUCCUAUGGUACUUCCAACACAUUGGAGUUGCAUCUUCAAAAUCCAGAGCUGCACGGGUGAUAUCGGUUGAAAUAGAUGCAAAUGAUCCAACUUUAGGUUUCUUGUUAGAUGGAAUGGACAGGCUCUGUUGCUUGGUACGGAAAUAUGUUGCAGCAAUAAGGGGAUAUGCAUUAUCAUAUCUAGCGUCUUCUGCUGAAAGGAUCCGUUUUUUGCUUGGUACCCCUGGAAUGGUGGCUCUGGACAUUGAUGCAACCUUGCGGAGUCUUUUUCAGCAAAUGGUGCAUUGCCUUGAGACUUUACCAAAAUCCCAACGGGAGAACAUGUCUGCGGUUACAUGUGACUUAUCUGAAUUGCGUAAGACCUGGUUAUCGAUUUUAAUGAUUGUCACUUCUUCCCGGUCAGCUAUAAAUAUCAGACACCUGGAGAAAGCUACAGUCUCUACAGGGAAGGAAAGUCUGGUAUCAGAAGGAAAUGCUGUUUACAGUUGGUCAAGAUGUGUUGAUGAACUUGAAUCUCAGUUAUCAAGGCAUGGGAGUCUUAGAAAACUCUAUUUCUAUCAUCACCAUCUUACAGCAGUCUUCAGGAACACCAUGUUUGGACCUGAAGGACGCCCACAACACUGCUGUGCCUGGCUUGGUGUGGCCAGCAGUUUUCCUGAGAAUGCCUGUAUAAGUUUGCCAGAGGAGGUCACUAAAGUAGGCCGUGAUGCAGUUGCAUAUGUUGAAUCACUUAUAGAAUCCAUCAUGGGUGGAUUGGAGGGAUUAAUCAAUAUUCUAGACUCAGACAGUGGACUUGGCUCUGUAGAGCUUCAGCUUCUUCCAGAGCAAGCAGCAAUUCGUCUGAACCAUGCUUCACGAGCCUCAGCCACUCCAGUUAGACCGGUUAAAGGAUUAUCUGAUCUACCCUUGCCUGGCCAUGAAAGUUGCCCAGAAAACAGUAAUUCUAUCAAAAUGAUAGAGGCUGCAAUGCAGAGGUUGACGAAUCUUUGCUCAGUUUUGAAUGAGAUGGAACCAAUAUGUGUUCUCAAUCAUGUUUUUGUUCUACGUGAGUAUAUGAGGGAUUGUAUCCUCAGCAACUUCAAAAGAAGACUGCUUGCCAUGCUGAAAACAGACACUGACCUUCAGCGUCCUUCCGUACUCGAGUCCAUGGUCCGCAGGCACAUGACCAUAGUCCAUAUUACGGAGCAGCAUGUGAGCAUGGACCUCACUGAAGGCCUUCGUGAAGCCCUACUCACCGAGACAUUCUCAGGCCCCAUUCAAAACCUACAUCAACCCUCUGAAAAACCAUCAGACCAACUUGUGGGCCCUGCAGUUUCAACUGUCUGUGAAUGGUACAUUGACAACAUAGUCAAAGACAUAAACAAUGCAGGCAUCUUGUUUGCACCCAAGCAUAAGUGCUUCAAGAGCGCAAGGCCAGUCGGUGGAUUCUUUGCAGAAUCUGUGACCAAUGCAACAGAGCUUAAAGCCUUUGUUAGGCUCUUUGGCAUGUAUGGGGUGGACCAACUUGACCGAAUGAUGAGCGAGCAUGUGGCCGCACUUAUAAACUGCAUUGACAUUGCCCUAAAGUCGAACAAGGAUUCCCUUGAGGCCUUCUCUUCGACCAUGCACAAUUUUGAAGUGGGAGAAAUGGAGGGGAGCUUGAAGCAAGUUGUCGAUGUGGACACAACUGUGGGUUUUUGUGUGCAAGCUGGUCGAGCUCUUGCAUUUGGGGGUUUGUUAGCUGAGGCAACAAGGGAGGUUAUGGAGGAGAAUGUGCCCCUUGUCUUCUCGAUGUUAACAUUAGUGGCUGAGAAUUUGCCUGAGGAAAUGCCUGAGAGAACUGAGAUUGCAAGGUUGAGGGCAGUAGCUAGCAGCAUUGAGUUGGGUUGGAAGCGUGACACACAAUGGGUGAGGUCAAUACUAAUGGAAUUGGGAGGAGCCACAGAUGGCUCUUGGAGCCUGUUGCCUUACCUAUUUACCACAUUCAUGAUGUCUGGGUUUUGGGGUGUGACUACUUUUAACGUUGAUAUUGGUGGUUUCACCAAUAAUAUACACUGCUUGGCACGGUGCAUGAAUGCAGUAAUUGCGGGGAGUGAGUUUGUUCGGGUUCAAAGGAGGGAAAUGGAAAGAGUCUCCAAUGAAGCACCUGAGGCUGAAGCUCAUGGACUAGUAGCAGUUGAGGCAAGCAUCAAGUCAAUGAUGCAGCUCUUUGUCAAGAGCUCAACUGCUGUUAUGCUUGAUUCAGGGGGUGAGAAUAACAGGUCUAAUCUUGUAUCCAAGAUCAUUUUCCUGGAUCACCUGUGUGAGAUGUCUCCCUACCUUCCAAGGACCACACUCGAGUCCCAUGUGCCAUACUCUAUUCUACGCUCUCUAUACCACCAAUAUUACGGAAACUGCAGAAAUCCAAUGGGUGGUCCUUUAUCCUUACUCCAACCAUCACCUCGCCAUUCACCAAGUCCUUUAUCAUUAGCGUACACAUCUCCAAGAGUUGGGCGUGCAACUCUUGAGCUAAAUGGGAGCAGCUCGACCUCUUUCAAAGCAUCAUCAAGACUCCACGAAGUUGAGACUUCAAGCAUACGGAGCACCGAGAAUAGGCCCCGACAUGUGAGGAAUUCAGGCCCCUUGGAGUAUAGUUCCAGUCGGAAGGUAACAUUUGUUGAGGGCUCCAAUUCAGGGAGCACAGGCCCUAGCCCGUUGCCUAGGUUUGCUGUUUCAAGAUCAGGCCCAAUAUCUUACAAAUGAGUGGCUGUGUGCUUUCCACUUCUUCCCUUAAUAUAAUUGCUUAAUGUAUGUAUGAUGGUUUGCUAGUUAGCUUGGCUGGUUUAGGCAGAGCUCACUGGGUCCAUGUCUUUGUGUGGUUUUGUUGUUUUCUUCUUAGAUGAGUAAAGUUCAUUUUCCAGUGAGUUAGAUGCAUUACCAUCAUGCCCAAAGUGGCUAUUGACUUCAGAAAAAUGGCAAACUAUGCCUUCAGCAUGAAAUCUGAUGGGCGAGAAUAUGCAUCCUGGUAUCUUGUAAUGAUUCAUGAUGCGGGUGUGAUGUUUCAACUAUUCAGACAUUGAGAUCACUUUCAGCCUGCUGGACGCCAUGUCGGAUGUCUUGGAAAACAUGUUGCUUUCCCCAUUAUAAUACAGCUGCCAAAAAGUUAUAUGCUUUUUUUAUUUAUUUAGUGGUUCCGAAAAGUUGUAUGUUUUCUAUGCAUACAUGACCUUAGAUGGGAAGGUUAACAUAAUA